AUGGCGCACCUCGUCCUGCUGCUGGCCGUCGCCAUCUGCGCCGCGAGGGCGACCGGCGAGAUCACUCCCGCCGAAGGCGCCGCGCCGGCCGACAUCGAGUAUAUCAACCCCCCUUCGCUUUUGAACGCAACCGAACUCGGCUACACGCAAGUAGUGACGGCCGCCAAUGUGAAGAAGACGGUCUGGAUUUCGGGCCAGACGAGCCAGGACACGGGUGGCAACGUCGUCGGCACAACUCUGGAAGAGCAGGCCGACACAACAACUGCAAACGUGAAGAAGGCACUUGAGGCGGUGGGUGCCACGGUGGACAACAUCGUGCAUAUUCAGGUCUUUAUCGCCAACUACAACCCCGAUACAGACAUCCCAACUGUUGCAAAGGUUACGAAGGCGUUCGAAGGCUCCAACGGGACGUUCCCCUCCGCCGAGCUUAUAGGGGUGCAGUCACUCUUCUCCAGGGAGCUCCUUAUCGAGAUAAACGCCGUGGCUGUGCUGCCGUAA